AUGGUUUCCAGCUCGGAUGGCGAAGACUUCUUCGCUUCCUCACCAUCUCAUCAUACCUCCCAACCGAGUGCGCCCAGUCUAGAGCAUAAGACGGAAGAAGUGGAGGGUUCAGCCUCUCCCGUCAAGAAGAGAUCAGACCUCUUCCGUGGCGAUGAUGACGAUGAGGAGGAGGAUGAGGACGCGACACUGCGUGAGCCCGUCGUCGUCAGGAAGCGGCAGAGGAUAGAGUCGCCUCGAGCGAUAAAGGCAUCGCCGCCUGCAUCGCGGACGCCUCAGCCGGAGGAGGUCAUUCAGGUUAAGGACGAGAGUCCAGAUCGGAACGACUGGCCUCGUAAAUAUAUCGGUCACUUCUGUGUCGCUGGGUGGUCACUCUCUAAAGGUCGCAACUAUGCUGAGCAGGGAGCCAAGAUGAACAUUCAGCGCUCAAAGCCGCAUCAGGUCAGCUCCUCUGUCUCCUCUUCCGUCAAUGGCAGCUCGAAGAAGGCGCAACAGCCAUCCAAAAAGCAGACGAAGCUCAGCUUCGGCGGAGGAGGAGGAGCGGCUAAAGCAAGUCCGUCUAGCAAUAAAGGCAAACAGAAAGAGGACUAUGUUGUGAGGUUCGGCAACACCCGAGGCUUCGAGGUAGGCAGGCUGCCUACAGAAGCCGCCGUCUGGAUCUCGAAGCUGAUGGAUCUUGACCUUGCCGAGUUCGAAGCCACGGUAGUCGACUGCCCUCCGGUCUUGACAGUAGGGUCGGAUAUCCUCCUCGAUAUCAAGGCAUACCUGAAACGAGCAGCUUUCCCUGCUUCUAUCGACGUGCGUCGCUCGCGGAAUACCCACAAUGAGCCUGCAAAGAACUUCUUCCAGGAGACGGCAGAGACUUCGAGCGAGAGGGAGCUGCGCCAGCGCAAGGCUGCACUCAUACGGCUGUUCAAAGCAUGUGAUCUUAGGCCUACCCAGGCCAAUGAUAUCUUGCAGCAACACUCUGAGGACGGCAGCUUUGGGAGCUCUGCCAUGCUAGAUCAUUACGGAGGCCGGGAUACACUGGGCGAGGGAAGCGGGUCACCGGGCCGCACAAGCAGACUAAAUUCUCCCGGCGUUCAGAGUCAGAAGAAUGGCGCUGCCAAUGGUCAUUCCGUCGGUGACAGCAGCAAUGGCGCAGGCACAUCAGCGCAAGAACCUAUUGCAGUCGAUGGAGAGGAAGGUCAAGGACCGGACGUCAAUGACGGGACGGAGAUCGAGGCAGCCCAGCUCGAUCAGGUGUAUAGCAAAGCUCAACGCCACGACGCCGAGCUGCCAGAGUAUGAGCCGCCCGAGACCUUUGCUCUGACGCUACGCCCUUACCAAAAGCAGGCUCUGGGAUGGAUGCGCAACAUGGAGCAGCCUGCUUCCUUACGCCAAGGCAGAGAAGGACAGCGACAAGAAGCCAGUCUACAUCCUCUCUGGCAGGAGUACAGAUUCUUGGCCGAGGAUGCCGAGGACGCUGGAGGGGAUCAUUCCAUGCCUGACGAGACUGGGACUUUUUACUUCAAUCCUUACAUCGGGGAGAUGAGUCUAGAGUUUCAGCCUGCGAGUCACGGCACAAGAGGCGGGAUUCUUGCUGAUGAGAUGGGUCUUGGCAAAACGAUCAUGGUCGCCAGCCUGCUGCAUACGAACCGUGCGCCUCGCGAAGGAGACGAGGACGAUGAGGAUGUACAAGACGAAGAGAGGGCCAGACAGGUCGAGAAGAAAGGACCGCGGCAAACGUCUCUUGCCUCUGCCUUUGCACAAUCGAAUCGGCAGGCUCGCAAGGCUCCGUCCGCUGGUCAAGUCACUCUUGUCGUGGCUCCCAUGAGUCUGGUUGGGCAGUGGAGAAAUGAGCUGGAGAGGGCUAGCAAGGCUGGAUCUCUUUCAGUCAUGCUGUACUAUGCAGAAGGCAAAGCAGACCUGAUGGGCCGGCUAGAGGGCGGUAGCGUUGAUGUCGUCAUUACAUCAUACGGCACACUAGUGUCAGAGUACAAGCGGUUCACCGAUCUCGGCGGCUCUGCAGCAUCGGCCAGCAAAGUCACCAAGGCUGCUCCUCUCUACGCUGUCGAUUGGCUUCGCGUUAUCCUGGACGAGGCGCACAACAUCCGCAAUCGGACCACUCGCAACGCCAGGGCAUGCCAUGACUUGAUGGCUCGGCGGAGGUGGUGCUUGACCGGCAGUCCCAUCGUCAAUCGACUGACUGACCUGUAUAGCUUGCUGAACUUCCUGCGGGUAGAGCCGUGGGGCGACUUCAGCUUCUUCAAUUCCUUCAUUGGCAAGCCCUUUGCCAACAAGAACCCAAAGGCGCUGGAGAUUGUACAGGUCGUGCUUGAGUCGAUCUUGCUCCGACGAGAGAAGAAGAUGAAGGACAAGGACGGCAAGCCAAUCGUCAGUCUUCCUUCGAAGUCGAUCUUGAUCAAGCAUCUGGAAUUCUCCGACAUCGAAAGGAAGAUCUACGACCUCUGCUUUGAUCGAGCCUGGAUUCAGUAUCAGCGCAUGAGGGAUGAUGGUUCGGUGACGAAAAACCUCUCUGUCAUCUUCAGCGUUCUGAUGAAGCUCAGGCAGGCCGUCUGUCAUCCUCUGCUGGUGCUUCAAGCUAUGCAAGCUUCCCAUGCCCGCUCUCAGGAGAAGGGUGGCAGUAGCAUGGGAGAACUGGAUGAGGAGGCCGAGCGGGAAGUCAAAGCUCUCGUCGCCCGCUAUCAGGCAGGCCAAGAGGACGCAGCUGUCGCGGACGAAGCAGCGACCCUGGCGCGUCUUGAGAGCUCCAUCGGCAUCGAUGCUGCAGAAUUGCACGGCGAGGACCAGGAAGAGUGUCCCAUCUGUCACGACCCACAGGCUGAACCCGCUACGUUGCCCUGCGGUCACAAAGCUUGUCGGGCUUGCCUUGUCGACGAGCUGCAGCGUUGCGAGGACUCCGGCGAGACACCCCGUUGCAUCGUCUGCGGUGAAGGACCCUUCUCUAUCGAAGACAUCCAAGACCUUGUCAACGAUGCAGUGGCCAAUGAACACGCCAGCGAAGAGGCUAAGCAGGCAGCUCCUGCCAAGAGUGCCAACUUUAUGUCCUUUGCCAAGGACGACUUUCGCUCCUCGACCAAGCUCGAUGCCCUCAUUUCUGACUUGGACACAUUGCGCAAAGACGAGCCGCACUUCAAAGGCGUCGUCUUUAGCCAGUUCACCUCCUUUCUCGACCUCGUCGAAGUGGUACUCAAGCGCAACAAUCACCCCUUUGUGCGGUUGGACGGUACUGUUUCGCAGAAGGAUCGAGAGCUGGUCCUGCGCACCUUUGCCGAGUGUAGCUCGCACAUGCUCAUUCUUGUCUCGCUUCGGGCAGGUGGAGUGGGGCUCAAUCUGACCUCGGCGCAUCACUGCUGGCUGCUGGACUGCUGGUGGAACGCCUCGACGGAGGAUCAGGCGGUGGAUAGGGUGCAUCGAAUCGGACAGAUGCGGGACGUCUUCGUCCAUAGGUACCUCAUUGCUGAUAGUGUGGAAGACCGGAUUCUGGCCAUCCAAAAGAGGAAGAUGGCGCUGGUGAGCGAGGCUUUGGGCGGAGCGGCACGCAGCGGUGGAGAACAGACGUCGGAGACGGUAGAGAAUCUCAAGAUCCUCUUUGGUGAGAAGUAG